AUGGCCACAGUGAAGAUGCCAGAGCCCAUCUGUCUGAUUGACAAUGAUGAGAGUGGGUGCAUGUGUGUCAGGAAAGAGGCACUGGAGAUUCUGGAGGAAAUCACACAGCCUGUGGUGGUAGUGGCCAUAGUUGGGCUCUACCGCACUGGAAAAUCCUUCCUUAUGAACAGACUGGCUGGAAAAAAUGUUGGCUUUGCCUUGGGAGCUACCAUAGAGUCUAAGACCAAAGGCAUCUGGAUGUGGUGUGUGCCUCACCCCACUAAAGAAGGACACACCCUAGUGCUGCUGGAUACUGAAGGACUGGGAGAUGUGGAAAAGGGGGACACAAAACAUGACACCUGGAUCUUCUGCCUGGCUGUUUUACUCAGUAGCACUCUGGUCUACAAUAGUAUGCAAACCAUCAACAAUGAUGCCCUGGAGAAACUGCACUAUGUCACUGAACUUACUGAGCGCAUAAAGGUAAAGUCAGGAUCAAGAAAUGAUGACCAGUCCACAGAAUUUAUGUCGUUCUUCCCAUCGUUCGUUUGGACAGUUCGAGACUUUACUUUGAAACUCGAGCUGGACGGUCAACCCAUCACUGCAGACCAAUACUUGGACAAUGCUUUGAAGCUCAAGCCAGGGUCGUCCAAGAAGAUUGAACAAUACAACCUGCCCCGGCACUGCCUGCGUCAGUUCUUUUCUCCUCGCAAAUGCUUUGUGUUUGAGCGUCCAGCGAGUGGGGAGAAAAUGAAGCAGAUGGAGCAGUUAACAGACUCAGACCUUGACCCUAAAUUUGUGACGCAAGUGCAGGAUUUCUGCAGCUACAUCCUCACAAAUGUUCAAGCGAAGACCAUGCGAGAAGGCCUUGGACUGACUGGCAGAAUGUUAGGGACCUUGGCAGAGACAUAUGUUGAAGCAAUCAGCAGUGGUCACGUUCCCUGUCUGGACAACGCUGUUGAGUCACUGUCACAAACUCAGAAUAAACGUGCAGUAACUGAAGCCCUGAAUUUUUAUCAGACUAAGAUGAAGCAGAAAGCCUUCCCACUUCCCACAGAAACACAGGAAGACCUGUCUGAAAUCCAUACAAAUAUACAAAGAGAAGCAGUUGAAAUCUUCAUCAAUGGCUCUUUCAAUGACGCUGAACAGGAACACCAGUUUGAGCUAAUGGGGAAAAUGCAGAGUGUCUAUGAGGAGUACUGUAGAGAUAAUGUGGAGGCAUCUCGCAAAAUGAGCAAGUCUGCCAUAUCUCGUGUGUUUUCCUCACUGGAGACAGAACUGAAGAAUGGGUACUACAUGCAGCCUGGGGGCUACACAGAAUACCGCUGUGCCCUGGAGAAAGCGACUGAGCAGUACAGAUCAGAGAAAGGCCAUGGACUCAUGAGUGAGGAGGUGCUCAAUGAGUACCUGAGUGACAAGGAGCAGAUUGGACAUAUCAUUCUGGCAGCAGACAAGUCUCUCACAGAAUCCCAGCAGGAGACUGAAAGGGUGAGGUUGAAAACUGUGGUAGAUGAGCAGCAGCGAAGGGCUGAGCAAGAGCAGAAGAGGAUCAAGGAACAGCAGAACAAGGAUCAGCAGAGAACCCACGAUGAGAAUGUUGAACAGCUGCUGAAGAAGUUGGAGAAAGAAAGAGAGAUUGCCAAGCAAGAGCUUGAACGAGUGCUGAAUGCCAAACUGAAGGAGCAGGAACACCUGCUUGAGCAGGGAUUUAAAGACAGAGCAGAGAAAAUGCAGAAGGAAAUUGACAGCCUGAAAGAGAAGAAGAAAAAUUGGAAAGUAUCUUGGUCACCUAUAAUGAAGAUGAUGCUGAAAGGAAUGGGGGCAGCUGUCUCAAUUUUACCCGGCAUUGGACAAAUAGGAGGAAUGGCUCUGCGUGCCAUCGCUGAGUUAUUACUGUAA